ACCCCAUCAUUAACAAUGCAUGUUACCAACACUUCUCAAACCUUUCAAAUACCAGACUCCACCAAGUGCUUAUACUUCUACCAUGUUAGACCAUCACCAUUGCGCCUAAACUCUGCUUUCUCUCCUUUCCUUUCUCAUUCUCUCGUUCCAUGCAUGGAGAAAACAAAACUAAAACUACUCAUCAAGGAUGAAACCUUUCUCCAACACCCUUUUGUUCUAACUCUUGUUCUGGUUUUUGGCCUCGUUAUGAUGGACCCUUUUCAUCUGGGUCCUCUCUCUGCGCAUGAAUUCAGACCCGUGAAGCAUGACAUUGCACCAUACCACAAAGUCAUGAAAAAUUGGCCCAGGGACAACAUGAGCAGGUUAGCACGCUAUGGGAAAUCAGAAUUCAAUAAUCAAGUCUUUGGACCAGAGUCGCUCGAGUUCGAUAACAUGGGUCGUGGCCCUUACACUGGUUUAGCCGAUGGACGAGUUGUUCGAUGGAUGGGAGAGGAACUUGGUUGGGAAACAUUUGCUGUUGUCACUUCUAAUUGGACGGAGAAGCUUUGCUUUAGGGGCAAUGAUUCGACCACUGCAAAACAAUGGAAGCAUGAGAAGACAUGUGGGCGUCCCUUAGGUCUAAGAUUUGACAAAGAGAGUGGAGAUCUAUACAUAGCAGACGCAUACUAUGGCCUUCUUGUGGUUGGACCAAAUGGGGGAUUAGCCACAUCAUUGGCAACCCAUGUUGAAGGAAAACCCAUUCUCUUCGCAAAUGACCUUGACAUUCAUAGGAAUGGAUCCAUCUUCUUCACAGACACCAGCAAAAGAUACAACAGAGUUGCACACUUUUUUAUAUUACUGGAAGGAGAAGCUACUGGUAGGCUCCUCAGAUAUGAUCCUCCUACUAAAACAACCCAUGUUGUUUUGGAUGGCCUUGCUUUUCCUAAUGGAGUGCAAUUUUCUGAAGAUCAAUCCUUCCUUCUCUUCACUGAAACCACCAAUUGCAGGUUAAUGAAGUUUUGGCUAGAGGGUCCUAGAAGUGGAAGUGUGGAACUUUUGGCUGAUCUUCCGGGGUUCCCUGACAACGUAAGAAUGAACGGAAAAGGGCAAUUCUGGGUGGCUAUAGAUUGUUGUCGCACUCCAGCACAAGAAGUUCUGAGUCAUAAUCCAUGGUUGAGGAACAUUUACUUCCGUUUGCCCAUCAGAAUGAGCUUGUUGGCUAGAACAAUGGGGAUGAGAAUGUACACUGUGAUUUCACUUCUGAACGACAAGGGAGAGGUUUUGGAAGUUCUUGAAGAUCGAGAAGGUGAGGUUAUGCAGCUGGUCAGUGAAGUGAGAGAGGAGCAAGGGAAGCUUUGGAUCGGAACUGUUGCUCAUAACCACAUUGCCACCUUAUCUUACCCUUAAAAUCAACAAAUAUAUCACUAAUUUACCUUUUUCUUUACUUUCUAAGUCUAUCAUGUUCCCGUGUGGAUUUAAAUUUUCUUUUAUUUAUAUUAUUAAAUGGUGUAAUUGCAUUAAUCAAUAACAUAUACUU